AUGAAAAUAAAUAUAAUUAAAUAUUAUUAUAAUAAAUAUAAAAUAUUAAAUAAAAAUAUAAUAAAAAAUAGAAAUAAUAAUUUUAUUUUACAUUAUUCAAAUAUUGUAAAAUUAUAUUUUUAUGAAUAUAUUAAAAAUAAAUUGCAAAUAUUUAGUUUUAAAGGUAUAUUAUUAAAUAAAUAUAUGAAAAAUAAUAAUAUUAUAAUUAUUAAAUAUGAUAAUUAUAAUGUAAUUUUCUUAUAUUUUUAUUUAAAUUCUAAAAAUUUAAUAAAUAUAUUUAAACUUGGAAAAUUUAAUUUAAAUAAAAUUUCAUUAUGA